GGUACAAAUAUAUAUGAUUUUUCCGAGCUAUAUUCUUCCAAGUAAUGUUGUAGAUAGUGGUGAAUUGGUGAUGGAAAGAGGAUGGAAGGAUAUGUCACCAACAUGUCCUAGAUGUGGCUCAUCCAACACUAAGUUUUGCUACUACAACAACUAUAGCCUUACACAACCUAGGUACUUUUGCAAAGGUUGUAGAAGGUAUUGGACCAAAGGUGGUUCCCUCCGCAACGUGCCCGUCGGCGGUGGUUGCCGGAAAAGCCGAAGAUCACGGCCAUCGAUGCUAAGGCUAAACACCUCCUCAAAUCACAGGAAUAACCCCAUAUAUGGUAGUAGUCAUCAUCAAAAUUAUAAUCAUAAUCAUCAUCAUCAAGAUGAACUUGGUGGAAAUAGUUCUUCCUACGGAAACUUGAGCAACAUGGCUGAUCCUAGUAGUCCUCCGACGACUUCUGAGGCUCCAAAGAUCGAUCUCGCAGUUGUGUACGCCAACUUCUUAAACCAAAAGCCUCAAAAUUCUCCACAAGUUAAGUUGUCAAGCAUACCGGAUGCAACUACUAUCGCGCCAACCUCGCAAGUGGUGCUACAAGAACAUGCAACGUUUCUUCAUUGCACUACAAAUGAUCAUCCAUCAUCAUUCUCCCAAGCACUUCCCAUGCCAGAGUUGAUGAGCAAUGAUAAUAACAUUGAUCAUCAAAAUCAAAGGUUGUUUGUGACCGAGUUCAGUAGACCAAUUCAUCAUGAACAUGAUCAUCAUGAAGAUAUACCUAUUCAACAUGAACUCAUAGGGUUGCCACCUUUGCCAGGAGAAUCAUUCAUGUCACAAGAUCAUCAUCAUCAUCAUCAUCAAGUGAUGCCAUGGUCUUCUAAUUUGAAUGACCAUCAUCAUCAUCAUCAUCAUCAUCAUAAUCCUCAUCAUGAUGGUCAUAAUUUGCAAGUGCCAUUGCGGCCACUUCAAGAUUUGGAGUCAGAUUCACAAUUUUCGAAUCUGUUCAAUAAUGGGAGUUGGAGUCCACUUGAUUUACCAGGUUUUGAAACUUCCUCGUCCUCCUCUAAGAUUUGAGUAGAGAAUGAAGUUGAUUAUUUCUUAGCUUUCUCACCUAUUUCACUCGUCUCUUAGCUUAUGUGAGUGGAAUAUGUGAAUAAGCUUGUUAGUUUUGUUUGUUUUCAUGCAUACAUAUAUAGUUUCAGUACACACAUAUAUAUAUAAUUAUAAAUGUAUAGAAUAGUGAAUUGUCAUGAAUAACAUGUAUGAUUUAAAUGUGUAAUGGA